AUGAAAAAUAUAAGUAGUGAUGAAGAUGAACAGGUUCAGCAAAAGCUUUGUGAAGCAAAGAAGUGUGCAAAAUACGGUAGGUUAAGUGACGCUUCCAAAAAAAUUCGAGCAAUGAGUGAUAUUGAAGAUGCUCCUAUAUGUGUUCAAGAUAGAGAAGAACUUUAUGGAGCUCUCAAACAAGAGACUGUCAUUUUAAGGUGUAGCGUUGAUGCUCAUCCGCCAGUAGUUGCUUUUCAUUGGACAUUUAACAAUAGUGGGGAUCAAAGUGAUGUGUCUCCGGACAAGUUUACUAGUGAAGUGACUUCAUCUAGACUGAACUAUACGCCUGCCACAGAUUUAGAUUACGGUACUUUGUUGUGUUAUGGUGAAAACGAAAUCGGCAGGCAAAAGGAUCCUUGUGUCUUCCAAGUUGUGGUAGCAGGUGAGUAG